UACUUUGUUUAUAUAUUAUUAGAGUAUUCUAAAUUUAAAUAUGUAAUAUUUACUUAUUCAUUUUAAUUUAUCAAUUGUUCAUUUAUUUUGUACCAGAUACGCAAAUAUAUAUUAUUUCAUUUAUUUUAUCAUUUGUUGUAAAUAGAAUAUUGAGACGUUGAAUUUACGUUUGUAAUUCUGGUUUAAAGUAAUUUUCUAUUAUUUACGUUUAAAUUUAUAGUUGUGAAUUUUAUUAGUGCUAUCAAUAAUUAUAUAUAGCUAUUCCAAUGACGUUGUGCCCAAAAAAGUAUCUAAUCAAAGACUUAACAGAUAAGCCAACACCCCUAGAUGUUUGGUUACAAGGUACAAUUGAACAAACAGUAGGAAAUGAUAUUUUAAUAAUUUCUGAUACAUCAGGAAGAGCAAAAAUAACUAAAUGUGAAUCUGCUGAUGGAAUAAUCAAUAAGGAUUCUAUAAGAAAAGGAACAUAUUGCUGCAUAAUAGGGGUUGUAGUGAAAAAAGGAAAAAUACCAGAAAUACAAGCUUAUAAAUUUGUAGAUUUAAACUCACAACCACAAAUGAAGCUUGCUUGGGAAAAUGAAGUUAAAGAAUGUGAUUUACUAUUCCAAGGAAAAUUAGUACCUUCAAUAAAAUAAUACUUAAAUAUAUUUUUUAUUAGGUUGGCCAGGGCAUUGUAUGGUCCGACAGUACCCAUGUCCCAUUUACUUCCCCCAUGGCAGUUGAUCACCAUGAGAUAAAGUAAAAAAAAGUAUUUUUAGGUGAAUACAGACCAAUAGCAAAUACAUGUUUAUGUGGUAAAUAUCUAAACAAAUUCAAUUCAUAUAACUUGUUUCAUUUUGUAAAGAAUGUAAUAGGAGUACAUCACAACCCCUCAUUUACUUUCCAAUUCCUGUGAUUUCACUGCCAUAAAUAAUUUUUCAAAUAUAUUCUACAAAGCAUAGAUUGGCCGAAAAUUAACUUAACUGAACAGAAACUGUCUCUAUAAAAUUUUAUUCCACAUAGUAGAUAUAUAAACUGAUAAAUAAUAAAAUUUUAACCUCGUGACCCCUUUUA